UCCUCAUUGGCCUCCACGCAGCCAGACUCCACAGGAGGAGCAACGGUCCUCCGAGGCCCCCGACCUGACCCUGGGCUGUUCACCAGGGCCAUGGGAUUCCACAAGGUCCAGCUCCAACUGGUGCUGCUGUGGGCACUGGUGUGGGCACAGGUGGCAGGGUCUGCGUGUCCGUCCUGUGGGGGCCCCACACUGGCACCCCAAGCAGAGCGAGCUCUGGUCCUCAAGCUGGCCAAGCAGCAAAUCCUCGAGGGACUACAGCUGACCAGUCGUCCCCGGAUGACUCAUCCUCCACCCCUGGCUGUGCUCACCAGAGCCCUCCGAAGACUGCAGCGGGAAAGAGUGGCUCCAGCGAAUGGGGAGCAGGUCAUCAGCUUUGCAGUCCUCACAGACUCCUCCACCGCCACCUGCAGCUCCACGCUCACCUUCCACCUGUCCACUCCUCGGUCCCAUCACCUGUAUCAUGCUCGCCUCUGGCUGCACGUGCUCCCCACCCUUCCCGGCCCUCUUUCCUUGAGGAUUUUCCGAUGGGGGGGCAGGAGGAGAGGCCGAGGGUCCCGCGUCUUUCUGGCUGAGCACCAGUUGACAACCCCGGGCUGGCACGCCCUGACUCUGCCCUCUAGCGGCUUGAAGCGUGAGGAGUCUGGUGUCUUGAAACUCAGACUGGACUGCUGUUCCCUAGAAGGCAACCGCACUGUCGCCCCACAGCUCCUGGACUCAGCGGGAGAGCAGCGGCCCUUCCUGGAACUUAAGACUCGGCCCAAAUGGCCUGGAGCAGCCCGGGCCAGGAGGAGGACCCCCAGCUGUGAGCCGGCGACCCCCUUAUGCUGUCGGCGAGACCAUUAUGUAGACUUCCAGGAGCUGGGAUGGCGGGAUUGGAUCCUGCAACCCGAGGGGUACCGGCUGAAUUUCUGCAGUGGCCAGUGUCCCCCCCACCUGGCUGGCAGCCCCGGCAUCGCUGCCUCCUUCCAUUCCGCUGUCUUCAGCCUCCUCAAGGCCAACAACCCUUGGCCCUUGGGUACUUCCUGCUGUGUCCCUACUGCCCGAAGGCCUCUCUCUCUCCUCUACCUUGACCGUGAUGGCAACGUGGUCAAGACAGAUGUGCCGGAUAUGGUGGUAGAGGCCUGUGGCUGCAGCUAG